GGGGAGGAGGCGUGUGAAGCAGCCUGGCAUCGCUGGCGAUUUGGCGCAUGGUGGAGAGGGGUCUCAUCGCUGAAGCAUUUCCCGCAAAUCCUUGGUUUGUGCAGUCCAAAUGCACAUCCCGCCGUAGGUUGUGAAGGCAGCCUUGAUAACGGAGAUUGAUGCACUGAAUCUGGAGCCACAGAGGUGGAAAUAACAGCACCGAGUGAUAGAUGACAUUUCUAAAUCUUCAAUCUCAGGGCUAGCAACCUUCAUUAUCCCUUCUCCGGGUCUGCCUCAUCUCUGGGCUUUUUCCCUUGAUUUUCAGGUGCCACCAGGAUGCUGACAGUAUGUCAGGUCUUGCCGGGUAAGGCAGGGGCGCUGCUUAUGCAUUCUUUGAUGCUCCUUCCUGCGUCCCAGAUGUGAUCCACUCCCUGCCGUCUCCUGGCCAACUUAUCCCCGAGAGAUUGUUCCGUGUUGUGCCACUCACAGAAAGGAAAGAAGGCUUUAUUACUGAUGCCCCGUGCAGUGCCCAGAUUGGGUCCCAUAAUGGAGGAGCUCUUCUACCCAUCACACACCGGCAUCCGGGUUAGCACAGCCCUGCAGGCUCCUUCCUCUCUGUACUAAUGAACAUCUCACCUAAGAGUUCAUUUGGCCCUGGGAGGCAGGAAGAAUUGUACUCUUACUCUUCUCCUGUGGUUGUCUUCUCUCUAGUCACCCCAGCCUCUUUGGGUCAGCCUUUUACUGGGAUCACCUCAGGACUUGUAAGGUGAUAUCUGCACCUACAUCUGUUGUGGCUUCUAGGGGAAGGCAGAUGGAGAUCUCCUUGCCCUCACUGCAUCAUCCUGUCUCACUGCACAAAUGGUGAAGCUGUUCUCAGCACACCAGAGGCUGGUCCUGAUGUCAGAGAUCACCUCAGUUAUCGUCAAUAGCAUAGCUGAGGGCAAACCUCAGCAAAGUCCAGAUGGGCCUCUCUCUUACGUUCUGCUAUGUCCAUCAGGAACAUUUUCUACUGCCCUCUCCUGAUCAAGAUGGAAGAAGCCUCAUAGUCAGACAAAAAUCUGCUUUCAUCCAGGCAGGUCAUCAUCUGCCAAAAUGUGUGAUUUGUAGUUAUUGAUUGUUCUUUGCCUUUCAUUUAUUGCACUGGGAUGUAUUCAUCACAAGUAUAAAUCCACAAAGGCGAAUUAAAUUGUGGCUGGCAUUAAUUUUCCCCCCAUUUUUAGCUCUCUCUUCUUUACUUCUAUUUCUCUUCUUCUAGCCCUGUGUCAGUGUUUCUCUCAUGUUUUUUUUCCCAUGGACAGGAAGACUAUGUUUGCAAAAUAAAACAGAAAAAAAAAAGACAAGACUGACUCGUUGCUCACAUGAGCAAUCCCAAGCUGUGAGGUCACUUUGCUGUUGAAGACAGUGAUAAGGUCACCCUGCAGUGCUGCAGCCAGCUCUGGGAGGAGAGCAGAAGCGUGCUGUGAUUCCAGGCUUUGUCGCACAUCUCUGCUUGCUGAGGCACGACCACAGCAUCACUACUGUAGCACAGUGUCACCACUGCAGGACUCUCUGCCCCCUCUUAGCACAGCUUUAUUCCACCAUAGAGGAGACAGGGGUGUAGAGCUGAUUUUUUAGAGAAGUUCCCAGCAGAAAGGGAGCAUUUGUUCAGGAGGAGCUGCUUUCAGACUGUAGAUGGGCCGAGAGGACUGCUGGCUCAGCAGGUCCCUUGGUGCUGACAGGGUCAAUCCUUCCCUAUACCAGUCUUUGCUCAGGUCUUUUCCUGAGCUGGCAGGUCCCUGUCUUCACCUGCUGCCUCCAUUUCCCUGCCUCGGUGACAUCUGCAUUGGUGACAUCUGCAUUCAGAGAGUCUCUAGGCUAUCCUCUCUCCCACCUCUUCACCCCCCCCCUCCUGUAUUUCCCUCUCAUUUCUCUAUUUCCAUUCGGGCCACGUUCUCGCUACCCUCUGUUUUCUCUUAUUCUUUCAUUUUAGACAUGAUAGCAUUUUGCUUCAGCAAAAUUGAAGCUCUUGAGGUCAGCUACCAAGGGCAAACACGUUCACACAUGGGGUUUCAAAGGACAGGAAACGCUUUUGGCAUGAUUUCCCUGAAGGAGAAUUUGAAUGCUUUUGAAAUCGGGGAACUCAGAUAUCUGACUGCAAACCAGACACAGGCAGUCAAACUUGGACCCCAAACUGUCCACAAAACAAGCAUUAGAAUAAAUUCAUGCUGUUGCAGCAUAUUUUCUGCUUAUCCAGCUCUUGCUGGAGUUUUCAAGGAGACUGAAGCACUGAAUCUAGCAGAAGAGAAAAAAGCCAUUUUGUCGUUAGAAGCUACAGAGAAAUAGUAAACAUCUGGCAAAAUUGUAUAUAAAUUUUUUAAAGACUAACUGCAAAACAGUUUGGUCAUUUUCCUUUAAACUUUUCUAUUUUCUGCUAUUUCUCCCCUUCUGUAAGGGUCAGUUUGGCAGCCUUCAGUUCAAAUUUAUUAUGGCAGUCCUAAUCAGAAGAGUACAAUACAAGAGGUUUGUAAUUGUCACCAUAACCAUUUGUCUGCUGUAAGCAGUAAAGAAAAAGAAGUAACACUUGGAGCCCACACCACCAUGCACCCACUUUUGAAGUAAAAUACAACUACUGAUUAAUAGCAUAUGACAUCAAGAAGCUAUGUAAUGACGUGCUCUACUGAAGCUUUGGCAAGGUUUGUCUGAGCAUUGCGUCUAGAGCUGCACAUGGAAUUGCCCCUGGCAGUAGCACUGGAAGUGUGAGGAGCUCCUCAGUGCACACACAGCACCCAUAGCCUUGUGCUGAUGACUGAUGUUUGGCUUUAUGAAGACAAUUGCCCUGUAUAAGUUAAUGGGAUAUUCAGCCAUUAGAUUGGCAGAGUUAUGGCGGAAUAAUUACUAGAUUUGACACUAUCCACUGUAUUUAAGUAUAAAAUCACUGCUGGUAACAUUGACAGUUGGCACAAACAUUACAAGGCUGGUCUGUAACAAUGAGGACAGUCCUACAGAGAGAUCUGCUUCAUCUGAUAAUUUCAUUAUUCAUUCCAGAGCCAAAUUUGAAGGUACACAUUUCAGGGUGGAGAGUGCAUCCAGUCCUUUAGCUGUCCUUGAAAUAGUGACUCAAAAAACACCUAGGAGCAAAGUGGGUGAAUGGUUGAAUAUACAUUCCCAAGCCAAAAUCUACUAAUAUAACUCUUGGAGAUUUUUAAAAAAGGUAAAAUGUGUGGAAAUGGGAGGUGAUUUUAUGGUUGGGUAUAAUGCUAGUGAAAUAAGUGCUGAAAUCCUGCAUCCACUUGCAGGAUACACAUUAAGAAGGAUCUAAAAGUGCCCAAAGAUCAAAAGGAUCAGAAGAGCCCAAAGGAGAUCUGGGAAAUAAAAUAAAGCUGUGCAGUGAAGGACUUUGAGACCUUGACCCAUUUAAUUUGGAAAAAGAAAGCCAAGAGGUGUCAUAAUUAGAAUGGAGAGGCACCUUCAGAGUGAGAAGGCAGCAGUAUGAAGCCUUUCGUUACAUUGAGAAUGGGAAUCCCCACUGCCAUCAAUGGGGGCUAAAUUGAGAGAAAAUGACAAUGGCAGUGAAAUUCAAUCAUCAGAACAAACUGCAGAAGGGAUUGUAAGUUCUUAAUUUGCUUCUGUCUAUAAAGUUAAGCCGAAAGUCUUUAUGCAAGAUGAGGUUUUACCAACUGUACAUAGGACUGUAGCGUAACAUUGCAUUGCCUGUGAGGUAUAUGAGCGAGAGAGGGAAGGUGUAGUUUCUCCUGGUCUUAACAUCUAAAUGCAGUUUGGAUCAUAACACAAAUUGACAGGAGAAAUUCCUGUGACUACCUGGGAGUACUAAAGAACUACUGUAUCAUAACUGUCCCUGCCAUCACCUAGGGGCAGCCAUGUGGUCAGCUAGUGAAUCCAGCUAUCAGAGAUGCUGAUGUCCAAAGGUCAAACAAAGCAGCAAGCCUCCACUGAUAAAACUGAGGCACUAGCAGUUCAAGGUAGGCACCCAAAAGCCUGAGCUGAUGACAUCUGUCUGGGCUUCUACCAUCCCUUCCUUCCCCUCUAACCAGUGGAUGCUCAUGAAGGGGAGCAAGGAUGCCUGCUUUGACCUAUGACCCAGGACUCAUUAGUUCUUAUGUACCCGGCAAGAGUAAGAAACCCGGGGACACAAGUCAUCCAGAAACAUGUUGUUCUUACAGUUCAAAUGUGCCUUCUAAGGAGAUAUUGUGGUGUGGUUGGGCAGUUGUUAAUGUCUUGCCUUCCUGGCCACCUUCACUGCAGUUGCUUGUAAGCUCUCUUAGAAUGGUUGCCAGUUACAGUCUAGUUGACCAUAUUUUCAAUGCUGGUUGCUCACAAGUUGUCCAGGGAUGAAACUGUGCCCGCCCAUCUCUCUAGCCUCUGGCCAUUCUCUGUUCCAGCUGCUAAGUGCAAAGUCACACGUUCUCUCCUCCUGCUUUCUCCCCACUCUUUUACAUUAGGCAAGAUUAACAGCCCAAAUCUACACGCUAUUACAAUGCAAAGUACUUUUUAAUGAUUUUAAUGACUGCUGCUGUAGCCAGAAGCUGAGCUGGCUGCUGCAGAGCUGGGACAAGUGUGGGUUGGGUGUGGCGGCUCCACACAGGUCCGUUCAGAAUGGCAUUUCAUCUUGGGUAUCUGCCAUCUGAGGGUGGCUUUGAAGGCAAUUGCCCUUUCAGCCACUGCCAGUGUGCUUUAUCAUUUGCUAACUAAGUUCUGCACAAAAGUUCCUUGAAGGAGAAAUAACCAAAAUGUUGCCAGCCUGGAAACUCCUGUCUGUUGCAUUUCCAGUUCUCUGUGAGCAGAUAGGGCUUUCGAGACUAUUUUCCAGCUACUACAGCAACUAAUUAAAUAGCAUCUAUCAUUUAGUGUCUUGGAAGAUUUCAUGCCACCAGACAACAGGCAGCUUGGGAGAACGUGGAGCUCCCUCUCCAUUUUGAGUGGGCCACAGACCCAUUGCUCUGCCUGAGAUUUUUUUUGGAAAGGACAGGUCAAAAAGCCCUGAAACAAAGGCAGAGUGGGACCAAGGGAAGCUCGGGGCAGAGCUGCCCCAACCUCUUACGUUUGAGGCUCAAAUCUGUGAGUCCUGGUUCACAGAUAAGGUGUCUGGUGUCUGAGUUUUUGCCUGAUAUGGGACAGUCACUGCUUGCUUCUGGCUGUCGAGCUUGCUGUCCUCAAUUUCUUCAGUUACAUUUCUCUUCUAAUAUUUUCCAGGGGGUUAGCGUUUUGCCCCACAUCAAACUGACACAGCAGAAACCAGAGCAUUCCUCAGAGAACACAGCUCUCAUUCACUGACUGGCUCAAGUUAUCAUGGAAAUUAUUAGUUUCCUUAAGCAUUUAUUAUAGUUGUCCCAAAAUACAGGCUUACCUUGUUCUGAUCUGAAACACUGUGCUUGGAAAGGAGAAAAAUUCCAUGUAGUACCACCAACACCAUGUUUGCAAGAAGUUGGUAUGUUAAUAAAGUCUGGGAGCCACUGGUUUAACAUACUAAUGAAUUUGUUAUACAGAGACAGAUGGAAAGAUACAUUUCCUUGUUAGACUUCUGAAUGUCUGAUGCUUUUAUUCUAAUUAUUUGUAGCAUUUCCUGUCUUUCUUACGAACACACUGUUGGUGUUUCUAAUACUAUAGUUGGGUUAGGUGAUUGUUUCAGCAAAGAGAAGGAGAAACAAAGAGAUAUAAGCCAGAGGAACAUAGUCAAGACUUGAAAUGAGAGGGACAGCCAAUGGGGUAGACCCUAGAGGAGACAUCCUUUUGUAACUGAGGAUCUUCAGAGAAUGAGAUCUAGUUAGCAGCAAAGAAGAGCUUUUUCCCAAAGGGUUCUGAACAUGAAGGUCCUGCUGAUAGGUGUGUGUAAAUCUGAGAGGUCUGGCAGUGGGCACCAAGGGUGCAUGUCCUCACUAACACAAGAAGGAGAGAAGCUGCAUUUCUUAUAAGCUAUAGUGAAAACAGUGGAAGUAACCCAUCUCAGGAAGAUCCAGUUCUCUCAGCACAGGGAGCUGAUGGCCAUUUUUGAGGUGUCUCCAGAGAUGUGGACCUGAAAGCCUUGGAGCUGCUGCCAACCCAGCUCUGCUCAAGACUGGUAAGACCAGAGCCACCUUGUUCCCCAAAGUGGGGGUGGCAUUUCAUGGGGCUAUGCACAUAAAGAAGCAUUUGCCAGUUCUCAGGCUCCAGUAUGGCCACUGAUAACCCUAACCAGCAGGGCUGGUUGAAUCAGUCCUUGGGUAGGAGCCAAGCUGUGGGUUGCAGGUUGGACCACAGAGCUUCAGAGAUCAGAGAAGUUAUUAGUCAAAGGGAAGCGAGAUAAAGGAAAGGAAAGGAGAGGAUUGCAGUGCCUUUGGCAAAUAGUGCCGUAACUGAAACAGGACAGCCUUCACAUGGCUGCAUUCAGGGCCAGGCUGGCAAUGCUGUCAGUAAGUCAUAAAUAUUGGGGUUCCUGAAGUAUUUAAGCACACACCUUACAUUACAACUGACUACUAGACAUCCUUAGAUGAGUCCAUGGGGAUUGUGUGGAGUAUGAACCAGAUCCAAUUUUGUGUGAGAUGUACCUAUGGCAACCAAAGGUGUGUGGACUUCAAUUCCCAUGUUAGAAUACUGCCCUGCUGUCUUCACCUUCAUCAUCCCAGUGGUUGGAGUGGACAGUUUCAGUCUGUUUUGUUCUCCUCAGUAGUCCUUCAGGGGAAAAAAGGAUGGAGAUUUGCAGUUCUUCAUUAUAGUCUAUAUUUUUGCAUUAAUACAGUGCUUAAAAACUCUAGCUCCAAGUAGAGUCAAGGCAAAAAAAAAAAAAAAAAAAAAAGAAAAAGACAGUAGCUCCUGGUGGAGUCCCCAAGAGCCAGGAGAGCCUGGGGCUCUGACCUGGGCUGCGGUCUGUGACUGCAGAGAAGCCUGCAUUGGUUGGGAAUGGCACUGGGACAGAGCAGGGGGUAUCUGACAAGAGUUUCCAGAGAUGAAACUCUUUGUGACUGGAUGUAGACUCAGGAAUUCACCCUGCAAAACUCCCAUAAGUAGUGACUGCCUAAAGCCACUUCCUUGCUUUCUUUGAGGCUUCCUGCAAAAAGUUACGGAAAACAGCUUUAUUCUUUCUUAUACUGAAGUCUUUUGUCUGCCCUGCUUGCAGAAAAGUUAUAUAUAUAACCUGAUUUGUUCCUGUGCACCCAUUUUGUUAGGAAAAAGAAUACAGUCCAAAAUAAUUACUCUUCAUUCUAACACAUAAAUAUGUACAAAAGGCUUGGGAUAAGAAUAGAAAUUUUUACAGGUUCCUUCUAGAUGCAUCAGGAAGAGUCAGGAGCCAAAUUCUGCCCUUCCUUGCUGCAGAUGAAUGCUGUAGCUCCCUAAAAUAAAUAAAAUUGUUCUGCACUUACACAAUGUCAGAUUAGGAGCUAAGAAAUCAAAACCUAACCCUGUGAAGUCUAGUUUGGCAGUACUCACAGCAAGCCAUAAAAACCUCUAUAGUUACUCAGAAGUGGCUCUCUGUUCCAGAAAAAAAAAAGGAGUAUUAAAUCUGAUCUGAUAGCCCUGCAAGGUUAGGUGCCAAUGCCUCCAUCUCAUUGAGAAAACAGUAAAUUCUUUCUAGUACGCUGUGCUAUUAUUUCCUGAGUCAUAAGAUGCUGGUCCUUAAAGCCCUGGCUGGUUUUAGCUUACUUAUAGAAUCCUAACUGCUCUGGGUUUGAGAGAAGCUAUGCUGGGGGAGAACUUUAUCCCAGGAGAAAAGAGAAGACAUUUCCCAAACCUAGUAUCUGCUGGCAUCUACAACGUAGUUUGAUGCAUUAGAGUUGGUCCCUUGGGAGAAGGAGUAGCUGCGUGCUUCUAUUUUUGCAUGAAAUCAGGCUCGGCAGAGGGCAUGAUGGUGCACGAAUAUCAGUGUGUCUUACUGUCUUUUUCUCAGAGUUAAGGGGAGGCAAAGGACGGUGCUGAUGAGAGGGAUGUGUUCAGUCCUCCACAUCAUUACCUACCGGAGAGACAACUGCUUCCGCUAGCUGCUUGGCUGGAUUUCAUGCCUUUUAUUAUAGCCCAACAUGGCAUGAAAAUGCAGCUGAUUCACUGCAACAUCGCAGGGCAACGCCCCGUGAAGCAGUCCCUGAGUGCCUGCAUGUGCAGAGAGUCACACUGGAAAUGCCUCCUCCUGUCCAUCCUCAUGUACGGUUGCCUGGGAGCAGUGGCCUGGUGUCAGCUGGCCCGAGUCACCAAGCUCAGCUUCGACAGCUCCUUCAAGGGCAAGUCCAUGAUCUACCAUGACAGUCCCUGCUCGGAUGGCUAUGUCUACAUCCCACUGGCCUUCCUUUCCAUGUUGUACGUGGUGUACCUGGUGGAGUGCUGGCACUGCCACGUCAAGAGAGAGCUACAGUACAAGGCUGAUGUGGACAGUGUCUAUGAAUGUAUCAACCGCAUGCAGCAAGCCACUCCGUGCAUCUGGUGGAAGGCCAUCAGCUACCACUUUGUACGGCGAACGCGGCAGGUAACCCGGUACCGCAAUGGUGAUGCCUACACCACCACCCAAGUCUACCACGAGAGAGUCAACACUCAUGUGGCUGAAGCUGAGUUUGACUACUCUCACUGUGGAUACAAGGACAUCUCCAAGGAGCUCCUGGGCCUGGAGAGCUACACAGCCACCAAGCUGAGGUUCACCAAAUGCUUCAGCUUUGCCAACAUCGAGUCUGAGAACUCUUACCUGACACAGAGGGCUCACUUCUUCACAGAGAUCGAGGGGCUGGACGACUAUAUGGAGGUGAGGGAAGGCAUGCAGCUCAAAAAUGUGGACUUCAAAGAGCUUAUGAUGGCCUACGGGGACCCAGAUCACCUCCCAUGGUAUGUGUCCCACUAUGCUUUCUGGGUGGCAGCCAUCCUGAUGAUCUCGUGGCCUCUCAGGGUACUCAUAGAGUAUCGGACUGCAUACGUCCAUUACCACGUGGAGAAGCUUCUGGGCCUGGAAUACACAGCACCCACCACAACGGAGGAGCCCGUCUACCGUUACCGCAUGCCCCGGGAUGCUACGCAGGACAGCACUGAGCUGGAGUGGCACAUCUGCACCAACCGGCAGCUGAUCCCCAGCUACUCGGAGGCGAUGCUAAUGGACCUGGCUGACUCCCCAGCGUACAACAGCUACACGGUGUGUCGGUACAGUGAGGUGGCCCACGGCUGUGAGCGCUGCAACCGCGCCUCCAGCACCUCCUCCAUCUUCUCACGCCAUGCUUUCCACAGCUGCAGUGGCAAUUCCCGCCUGUCCCUCAACACCAGCCGCUUCUCCCUCUGCCGCGUCCAUGGCUCCCACAGGACAGGCCUCUGGCGGAGCCGCAGCAGCAGCAUUGCUGAGCGGGGCUGCCACGAUGAGCAGUGCUGCUCCUACUCCAGCCAGCUGGCUGUCAACGAGAACCCCCCUACCUACCACGAUGCCCGCUUCUUCCCUGUCUUGAUUGUGCAUAGGCCGGAAGGGCACGAUGGACAGCACUUCUAUGUCAGACGCUCCUCCUGUUUAGAAACAUCUCUGUGAUGGGCUCCCAUGGUUUCUCAGCUCCUCAGCUCUGGAACAACUUCACUGCUGUGCUUGCAGAGAUGCCACCAGCCUACAGUUGUCAGCAGGACAAGCUUCAGAUUUCAGUUCUUUUUCCUGACACUGCACGAGGAUACGGUCACCCUGACAAGUGGCCAACCUCAUUUCCAAAGCUUCUCUCCCUCCUCCUGUUGGUCUCCCUGUUCAUUUUUCCCCUUCCUCUUGGCGUUUUACUCCUCACUGUUACUUUGUUUCUUGAGUCUCUGCCACUCCUCCCAUCCUGCUCUUUCUUUUACAUUUCAGUCAGUAUUUGACAGCUGUUUCCAUGGGAGGAUUUAAAAAGCCUGUGUUUUGCAGUGCAUUUGCCCUGCAAAGUAGGAAACUCAGGAGACAGCGAGGCCAAGUGAGAUGCUGAAAGGCCUGCAGCCAGUCAGUGUCAAGUCAGAAAGAGAAUUCAGAUCUGCAGGCUCUGAGUCACCUGCUGCAAACCCCAAAAAAGGCUUUUUAAAAAAUUAUUUCUGCCAGUCUUUUUGCCUCUUCUUUCAUUUAUUGUCUCCUUUUUUAUACUUCCUCCUCUCUCUUCUCAUCUUCCUUUUUUGGUUUUCUCACCUCUGCUUUCCAAUUUCUCAUUGCACCUUUCUGGGGUUUUGUCUGUGAGGAUGUCUUUCAGCCUGUAAUUGGCUUCUGUUGCCCAAAAAUAAGGUAUUUGCAGCACAAAUUUCAGUGUCCACUGACACAGCCACAGCAUCAGCCCCUGAGAAGCACUGAGGACUUUCACCACAGAGCAGUGAGAUACACGAACAAAGCAAAAAGCAUGCCUUUUGCUAACCAUGCCCUGCCUGGCCUGCAGCAGAUGCUGCUGCAUUUCCAGGCGUAGUUAACCUCCUUCAGCUCCACCAGUGUUAGCAAUCAUUAAGAGCCGUAAUGUAGAUCAGUGCCCUGCUAGUGCCACUGUUUUUAAGACUGUAGAUCUGGUUUGUGGUUAUUUCAUUCCCACCACUUGCUCAGAGCUGCAGGGGCUGGCAAGGAGGAGAGAGGCCAGGGAGGGAAAGGUGUUAAUCCACUACAGCCCACCCACCGAUGGUCUGAAGGCUCUUCCUGCAAGGCGCUCUGUGAGCCUCCAGUAAGGUGUGAGAUCAUCCUGGCUAUGUCACCCACAGGAGGUGGCCGGUGCUUCCAAGAGCCAGGGACCAGCCCAGGGCUUCUGGCCAUGCUCAGGACCCCCAGGGCCUCAACAGGUGCCAAUCCUGCCAUGUGCUGAGCAAGCUCUGCAAUAUUUCAUCAGGUGGGUAGCUGAGGUGGGCACCAACUUGCAGGAGAACAGAAUACAAUCGCAAUACAGUAACUACCAAAACCAAGGUGUUGUGCCUCCCUAUGGCAGAUAGGUCAGAAGCCGAGCCCUCAGAGGGGCUAGCAACAAAUGCUUCCUCCCCAGUCAGUUCUGUGUGUAUCUUCGUGUAAUAUGAGAUUUAUGAAGUCAUAUUAGUAUGUGAAGAUUAUAUGUAACUCUGCAUAUGGUGAUUUCUUAUGGCAUUGACUGUUGCACUAUGUUAAAUACAUUUUGUUUUGGUUUGA